CUUCUUGGCGUCAAUUCCGCGGAGGAACGUCCUAUACCGGUGUCAACUUCUGUUAAACACCGACCGAGGGAUGGAAAGAAAACUGAACGACGGCGGCAUGCUAUAUGAUGGACAAGAGGGAAGCGUUGACGUCACCGUGAGAGCAGGACAGUUUGAGCCGGACCUAAGAGGUUGUUUACAGUGAGCCGAGCUACGAUAUGAACUUGAACCGCUGUGCGUCCUAGUCGCACCACAACGCCUUUAAGGAUUUAUUGGAUUUAUUUUAGGUUGCACUGCUCUUUUUUUGUUUGUUGUGUCCAUUCGUAUGGAUUUAACGCUGGGCAGGAAUGACUAUAAUCUGGAUAUGGACUACCCGCCCCCGAGCCAUUUUACGCACAGCUCUUCAGGGAGUCGUCUGUGACCGCAGCAGCUCCAGUGACAGUUGUGCCCAAGCCAGACAUAAGUAUUAUAUACACGAGUUUCCAAAUCGUCUUAAUUUGUCUUCGGCUGCCCGUUUUUCAUAAGAAGACUUGGUAAAACACAAGAACAAUCUCGUCGCUGGUUAUCUAAAGUUGAUCAUUGGUAACCUAUCGAGUGUCCGUUUUGGAGAUGCUGUUAAUAGCAACACAGAUCGCUUAACGCUUGCGGGCACAGACGCUACGUGCUACAUUUUGUGUCACUGCUGCACAUUUGUUGGUUUGGCUUUUAUUCCCAGGGGAUUUAUUCCCAGGGCCUUCUCGGCCUGUAUUCUCUGAGAUGUUGCUACUUUCCCCGCUGCUCUUCUUUUUCCUGCGCUCUGCGCUCUUGAUCGCCACGCGUGGGGUGGACGUCGGCGGCGCGCACAAUGAAGACCACCGCGGGUUCGUCUUCCCCGGGGGGAGCGGGGGCGCGGGUUUCGAGCCCAUAGACCUGUGCAUGAUGGUCUCCCCGCCCUGCGUGAGCGAGGCGGACCGCUACAGCCUGGAGGCCCUGCGCAACAUACACCAGAUGAUGGAUGACGACCACGAUGGAGGCAUCGAAGUCGAGGAGAGUGUGGAGUUCAUCAUCGAGGACAUGAAAGAGCAGCAGACCAACAAGCACAGCCACCUGCACCGAGAGGACCAGCACAUCACUGUGGAGGAGCUCUGGAGGGGGUGGAAGUCCUCAGAGGUCCACAACUGGACUCAGGACGCUGUGCUGCGCUGGCUGAAGGGCUUCGUUGAGCUGCCACAGUACGAGAGGAACUUCAUGGACUUCAAAGUGAACGGGAACACACUCCCCAGGAUCGCAGCCAAUGAACCAGCCUUCCUCAGCGGCCACCUCAGAAUCCAGGACCAAAGGGACAAGCAGAAGCUUAACAUCAAGGCUCUGGAUGUGGUGCUGUUUGGACCACCCACACGUCCUCCUCACAAUUACAUGAAGGACCUGCUGCUGAUUGUUUCCGUGGUGAUGGGGAUCGGUGGGUGCUGGUUUGCACAGACCCAGAACAAAGUGAGCAAGAUCCACAUCUCCAAGAUGAUGAAGGACCUGGACAGUCUGCAGCGUGCCGAGCUCAGUCUCCAGGAGCUGCAGGAGCAGCUGGAGCGAGCGCAGGAGGAGAAGCGUAACGUGGCGGAGGAGAAGCACCACCUGGAGGAGAAGAUGAGGGACGAGAUCAUGGGGGCUCAGCAGGAGGCCCACCGGCUCCACCGGCUGAGGCAGGGCGCCGUCACCGAGCUCAGCCGUCUGCGCUACGCAGAGGAGGAGCUGGAGCAGGUGCGCGGGGCGCUGAAGCAGGCGGAGAAGGACAUGCAGCUCAGCUGCUCGGCCUCCGAGGGCCUGCAGCUCUGGCUCCAGCUCACCCACGAGGUGGAGGUCCAGUACUACAGCGUCAAGAGGCAGAGCGCAGAGCUACAGCUGGCCUCCGCAAAGGAAGAGGCGGAGAAGAUCAAGAAGAAGAGAAGCUCUCUGCUGGGGACUCUUCACGUGGCGCACAGCUCCUCCCUGGACCAGGUGGACCACAAGAUACUGGAGGCCAAGAACGCCCUCUCCGACGUGACCGCCUGCCUGCGCGAACGCCUCCACCGCUGGCAGCAGGUUGAGCGUCUGUGCGGCUUCCCCAUCUUCAGGAACGCUGGCCUGGCCCACCUCACUGCCAUGCUGUACUCGGAGCCCGUCCCGGUCCCCGUGAGCCGGGGCCAGGCCUCGUACUCCUGCCAGAGCUCCCUGCACGGCUCCAUGGAGGACCUGAUGGAGGACUCCUCCGCCUCCAUCAUGUCUCAGAUGCCAGGAUCGUCCCUGAAGCGCUCACCUCGGCCCCGGGGCUCCGUCAUCUGUCGACUGCGUCGGCCCGGUGUCAUCGUCCCGCCCCAAGCAACCAUGAUCUCCUCAGACCCGGACCUCCUCAUCCCCAUUAGAGCGCCGAUGCCCCGUUCAGAAGACGAAGAGGGGCGCUUCAUCAACCCCAACAGACCACCACACAUGAAACAGAGUUCCCUUGAGUUGUAUCCAGACACAGAUUACAUGGUUCCGGGAAGCAGAACCUAUCCCAGCUCCUCCUCCAAUGACUCCUCCAGAAAGCUUUAUAGGGAUGAAGCUAUGGAGCCGUUUGCAGACGCCUCCAUCAGGAAGACCAGCACUACAGAAUUGGAGGCUUCCAUUGAGCCUCCAGUCCAAAAGAUCUCUGUGGGGGAGGUUGAGGCAUCUGUAGAACUUGCCCAAAGAAAAUGGAAAGAUAAACCCAUUGAGACUCCUGGGCUGCACAUGCUUGAGGAGGCUACUGAAUCGACAAUGGACAGUGGCUUUAGGAGGAAAUCCAACGAGAGGAAUGAAGAUUCACUGGAGAGCCAUGGGAGGAAGAUACUAUCUAAUGACCCAGAAGCUGAUGUAGAAUUUGCACCUCGCAGAACAGACUUACUAGACUCUGCUUCGAGGAACAUUUACAGAGAUAGAAGUGAUUUAUCACAGGAUGCUCCAAAUAGAAAGACGCUUUUGAGUCAACCGGAUGCAUUGGUGGAUGUGGCAGCGAGGAGGCUAACCAGAAAUAUGAUGGGAUCUUCAAUGGACAGCGGCUGCAGAAAACUGCAGAGGGAAGGGGCAGAGCAAAUACGUGACUCAAACCCUAGAAAAUUAACCAGGGACUCAAUGGGAAUGUCUAUGGACACAGGAGUUAGGAGGUUGGCUUGGGACAAGACAGACAUGUUUCAGUUUGAGUCUCUUGUGAGAGGUGUGCCGAAAGAUAAGUUGCCUGAGAGCAUCCCCGCCAGAAAGAUAUCCAGAGAGGAGCUGGAGUAUUGUGCAGCAAGGACAGCGAGAGAUGAAUAUGAGAUGGGUGUCGGCUCACUAUUGCGAACGACACCUCGGGAAAAGAUGUACAUUGCUGUCGAUGCACCCACAGGGAAUGUCUGCUGGGAUAAAGCUGAUGUUGAAACGGCAAAGCAACGGGUCCUUAGGGAGUCCGAGUUCUUGGUGCACCCUGAAGCCAACACGUGUCCCAGUAGGAUGGGUCAGCCGGACCUGACCUUAACGUCUCCAUGGAAACAACAACCCUCCGACCUGAUGGCCCCCGGCCCGUUGUGCCAGCUCGUGUACGACGGCAUACUGGAGAAGUCCUGCCCCUCGGCGGGGCCCGGCCUGAGGGAACUGUCUGCGUCGACGCCCAACCUGCCCCAGAGCCCACUGGGAGGAGAGGGGGCCUCACUGCCAGCUCCAGCACCAUCAGGACCACCACCCGUCCCACCAAGGGCCUCCCACUCUGCUACUACCAGGCACGUCCCUGAAGGAGAGGAACCGAGCAAGGACAGAGACAAGGGCAAGAAGUCCUCAAAGCUGAAGAACCUGUUUAAAAAGAAAAAGGACUGCGCUCCAGAAAGACUGGAGGGUGGCCUGCAGAAACUAUAACUCUUGUUGUUUCGAUUUUGUGAAACUUGACGUUUAGACUUUAUCUGAACAAUAUAAUUUAGCUCUUCCUUUGAGUCCUAGAUUAUCAAACGGCCGAUGGGGCCGGUGCCCCUGGGACCUCUGUUUUUAUUAAUGUGUAUGUGUUGAAAUACAAACCAAUGAAUGCAGAGGUCACGUAUUUGCAAUUAAGAAAAAUAUUAUGAUUGGUUUGCAGGCUGUUUCAGUAUCAUGAUGGUGGACGAAGCGAGUUGACCCGUGACAGUGGGAAUUUGGAUAAGGGAAGGGUGGGAAGGUUUUACUAAUGUUAACUGAGCUGAGAAUAGACAACCUUAAAUUAAGUUGCAUAAAGUUAGGUGUGAACCAGGGGCAUCUGAUCAUGUAUGCCUUAUCAAAUAGGAAUAUCUAGUGUUUUCCUUGUAAGCUUUUCUCAAAUUUACAUCACAAGUGAUGAGCAUAUAAUGGACAAUCCUAAUUUCAGGUACUUAUUCUUGUCUACAAGUUGUGACAAGAAUAUUUUGUGACAACUAAAUAAAUAGAUAUCAUUGGGUUUCUGGGGAAAACAUUACAUCUCUAUGCCAGGAUGUGAAUAUGGAGGAAAUCCUGUAUGAUCAGAUGUACUUGUUACAUAUAUAAUUGUUCGCUACAUGUCUAUACGCAGAACAGUAUAAAUCGAUUACUGUGUGUGUGUGUGCGUGUGAGCAUGUGUGCGUGUGUGUGUGUGUGUGAUGUGAGAAUCGGAAUCAUUGAACUGUUUUGCUGGAUGUGGGGCAGUUUGUGCUUACGUAUGCCAUGGAGCUACACACUGUAAGCUAAUGGGUUGAUAUUGUUACCACUGGCACAGGAAAGCAUUGUUGCGACCAUGUGGUUUGAACCCUUUAUGAUAGCAGAUAUCUACUGGGAAUGAUAUUGUCCAUAAGAUUGUGAUCACAGGCUGCAGCUUUACACUGAUCAAGGUCAGUGUAAAUCCUGCAUAAGCUACAGGCGUUCCCAAAAGAUAGUAAAAUUAUUGAUCCGUGCUUAUGUUUCUAAAAAUAAUUAUCUAACAACGAAAGCUAUGUCCACAAUAUAUCUUUAUUUGAAUAAUUUAUUUAUUUGUAACAAAUUCUGUAGCAUGGAUGAAGCAAUGAAUUUUUAUUAUUUUGCAUUUGAAUACUUUGUCGACCUCAAACCAAGACUUUUGGCUACUAAAUCACGACAUGAUCCUUAGGUUAAAAAGUGUCUGAAAAGACAUUAAAUCAUGCAAUAUAAAUUUGUCUUUAAUAUUUUGUGUUGCUAUAAAUGAUUUGCUACAAAGGACAUAAUAUAACUUGAUAAUAAAUUCAUAAUCCAGGUUGUCACAGGAAGUAGAUUUUUGUGUUAACAGAGUAUAUAAUAUAUUUCUGUGAUUAUUUGUACUAUUUUAAUUUGGAAGUAAUUAGGAAACUUAAAUAGGAAGUAUGCUGGUUUUUUGGAAAGCUUCAGUUUCAAUGACAAUGAAAUGUAUUUUACAAAACUUUAUUAAUGUACAUUUUCUCUUGGCAAUCCUUUUCAAAUACACUAUGCUUUGGUUUAAGAGGCAACCGUGUAGCUGUAAACCACAGCUUAUCUUUGACUUGAACAAUUGAACAUAUGUUUUUUUUUAUGUUUUGUGUACGUUCAUUUUGUUCUUCAUUAUAUGCUCUUUCCUCUUCUUCUGUUCCUUUCUGUGCUUCCACUUCUUCUUUGGGUCCGAAGCUCAAAACACACUACCACUCAAAAUCCCUCAAGGAUGUUAUCCAAUAAGAUUAUUCAACAAAUUGUAGCCCAAAAUAUAUAAUUUCGUAAAUAUUUUACUCUAUAAUAACAUUACCAAUUUGUCAAAAAAAAAUACAGAACAUCUACAUGUCUUGCUCAAACUUUCCAGAUGACAGCACCUUAACAUGCAUUUGGGUCCUUAUGAAACCAAUGGUAUUGGUACAAUUCAUAUACUAUGAAUUGUCUAUUCAUAGUAUAUGAAAAGCAUUGCUGUUUUGAUUUUACAUUGUUUUCUUUUUUAAUACUUGGACGGCUACAAGUGCUGCUUGCAGCUUUAUUUCUUUGAUUGUUUACAGCUCAAUGAACACACUUAUGUUCACAUUUUUUAAUUUGUUUUCUUUUAUUUGUUGUAUGUAUUUCAAGAGAGUGUUUGGGCCAUAUGUAGGGAAAAGGUUUUAUUCCGGCAGUGUUGGUAAAAUGUAUGUAACAGAGUUACUCUGGAGAAGUUUAAUGGUACCGUCAUAUUAUUUAAUAAUCAUGAACACAUUGGGGCAGUAAUGCAUCAUACACAUUUUUCAGAACAGACAUGCUCUUAAAUAUCUUUCUUGUUUUCUAAACACAACUACCAGUAACUAUCAAUACCCAGCCAUGUAACAUAUGUCUCCUUUGAAUAAAAAUUAAAAAAGGUA